AUGUGGGUGUGCGCGGCGCUGGCUUGCGCGGCGCUGUGCGCAUGCGCGCGCGCUUGGCCCGGCGGGGCUGUGUGUGCGCGGGAGGUGGCGGGGGCGGGCGGCGCGUGGUACGUGGCGUUCCUGAGUGCCGGCACCGGGCCCGUGCUGGUCGAGAGCGUCUGGGCCGCCCCCGGCCGCCUCCAUGCCUGCUGGGCCCGCCGCGAUCCGCGCCUCGCCCGCGCCUUCCGCGCCGCCUGCGCGCACCGCCCGCCCGCCGCGCACGGGGCCGCGCUGCGCCGGGCCCUGUCCGUCCUUUGGCGGCGCCGCGCCGCCUGCACCGACCCCGUGACGCCGGGACCGCAACGCCGCCGCCGCCGCCGGGGCUGGACGCUGCCAGGCACGCUGUGGUGCGGCGCGGGGGACUCGGCGGGGAACUGGAGCGAGCUGGGGCUGUUCCGCGGCCCCGACCGGUGCUGUCGGGAGCACGACCAGUGUUGGGCGCAGAUCACGGCGCUGCAGUUCAGCUACGGCAUCCGCAACUAUCGCCUGCACACCGUUUCUCACUGCGAUUGCGACGCCAGGUUCCGGCGGUGCCUGCUCGCCAUCAACGACACCGUCUCCAACAUCAUCGGCGUCACAUUCUUCAACCUCUUGGAGGUGCCCUGCUUUGUGCUGGAAGAGAGCGAGGAGUGCGUCCAGUGGCACUGGUGGGGCGGGUGUGAGCGUUAUGGUGUAGUGCCUCUGGCCAGGAUGGUGCAGCAGAGUCAGUACCACCCCAGCCUGCCGGCAGAGGAGAGGGGCAGCCUCACUGUGCAGCCCCCAGACAAGGGAAGGAAUUUCCCUAGAACUGGGCGUAAGCAGCUUCGACAGCAACUGAGGGUGAAGCUUGGGCGCCGCCAGGCAUGGAGACCUAAGACAGCCCAGCAGCUGCAGGGCCCAGGUACCCCUGCAUUGGCCAGGAAUAAGGCUGAGCUUACAACCAGGCACCCAGCAGUGCAGUGGCAGCUAGAGCCUGGCCCCACAACAGCAUUGACCGUGUCGGGACAGGAUCUGGUUGGAGCAGAGCAAAGGGCUGGAAUCUCAGCACACCCUUGGUAUGGCAGCAUUGGGCCUAGCCCAAUCACAGCACAGUGUGGAGCCACACCCGUACCUGCUGUGAAGGAGCGUAGGCAGCAGGGCCCAGGCAGGGGGUGCAGGUGCAACAAGCAUCUGGGUAAGUGUGAGCACCAGAUUGCACCCCACGAGGUGAGGUACCAGCUGCACAACGUGGACAGCCGGACACUCCUCCACUGCAACUGCACACGCAGGCUGGCACGGUGCCUCCACAGGGUGAGGGAGUGCAGUGACAUGGACGUGGCUGUCCUGGCUGACCACAUCACCAUGGACUGCUUUGUUCUGGAGCUGCUUGCUGCCUGCAGCCCAGGCAGGGGGUCACAGCACAGCUGUACCACAGUGACCAGGGCUGUACUUGUACCUGCACGACAGCUCAAAAAGACUCUAAGAGGCUGGGGCCCUCUGCCUGUGAGCUCCAAGGCCAAGCAUCCACACUGGAAGACACAAGCCAAAGGAGGCACCUUCUGUGAGCAGUGCCAGCAUCUGGUCAUAGAGCACACACCAGGUACUUGGCCCCACACAGUGCCUCGAUGAUGCCCAAGCAACGCUGCCUUGGGAAGGAAAGGGAGGAAGAUGUGCUGUGCUGCAGCCUGGAGCUGCUUGGGAUCUGGUCCCCGAGUCAAAGGAUGGCACUGAGCAUGUCUGCUGGCAUGACUGCACAGAGCUGAGGACCACAGCCAGAGCAGGCAGAGAGCCUGAGAAGCCUCUCAAGGAACUGUGGCUGCCAUCCAUGAGCAUCAAAAGCAAGGGGAAAGAAAUAGGAGGGCUCAGGAAUGGGGAAACCCAUUGUCCUUCCUUGGUGUGCUCUGGGGCAGGGGGGAUGGCAGGGUCCCCCACUCCUAGACUGGUGACCCUUCAACUGGGGGGCCUGAGCAGUAAGGUGUGACACUGACCUUCUUGCACAGGCAAAGUAGGAGGGCUGGGGUCAGUACCUGCAUGCAGCAGAAGAAAUAAAGGGUGGUCAGAGCAUGGU